AGAAGAUGAGGCAGAGAAUGAAGAAGAGAUUGACAGAGAAAAAGAGGGAGAGGGAGAAGGAGAGAGACAGGGAGAGGAACAGGAUGAUGAAACAAGGGUCAGCAAGCGCGGAUCCAGGCCAUUAUGACCCUGGCUUUUGUCAAGAUCUUCUUAGUGGCUUUCUGCCUGCCCUCCGUAGAACCCAGCUCCAGGGAGCGUUUUACAAGGCAUGUCUGGAGUACUAGCCCGCCUGCUCGAGAUCAUGUAAGCCCUGAACCACCACUGAAAUAUCAAGAAAAGGGCCAGAAAGGUGAAAUUGAUCAUAAAGGCAACCAAGAUUUGAUAGGCCCAAAAGGCAACAAAGGUCUGCCUGGUUUACCUGGAGCGCCAGGAGUAAAAGGAGACAAAGGUGAACGUGGCCUUACAGGCGCAAGAGGCCCUCAAGGGGCCCCAGGUGUAAUAGGCCCUCAAGGCUUUCAAGGAGCAAAUGGACAACAAGGCCCACCAGGCAAUACUGGAUUUGAAGGUCCAGAAGGACCGCCUGGUACAACUGGCCCACGUGGCCCACCCGGCCAAAUGGGAAGCAAAGGAAUACAGGGCAUCAAGGGAGCGAGAGGAUCUCCCGGUUUAGCUGGACAUCAUGGAAAUCCCGGUCCGAAUGGACACAAAGGAAGAGAAGGAGAAAGAGGAGAAAAGGGAAUAAAGGGAGAUACGGGGCUUACAGGCCACCAGGGUGAGCAAGGACGACAAGGAAUACCUGGAACUAUGAUCAACGAAGAAUAUCUUGAAACAUAUCUUGAAAUAUAUUAUAAAAGAGAUCUUGAAGCAUAUUUGACAAAUAUGAUGGACGAACGUUUUGCGCAACUAACUCAAUCGCUAAAUAAUCGUCCUGCUGCUCAUUUGUACGGAAGAGGCUUCAAUGGUUAUCGACUUACCUGGACGACAGGAGGAUAUGGUGGAUUUGUUAACAACGGAAUGAGGUACGAAGAUGGAUAUUUAUUCGUUCCUAAAAGAGGACUGUAUUACAUCUAUGCUCAAGUCAAGUGCGACCCUAAACCUCCCAAAAAUUGGUGCGGUUUCGCCUUCAGAAUAAAUAAUUCUGACAUAUCUCAGCAGUUCAUCUCACAAGAUCCUCGUGCAGAAGACGUUCUCUAUUAUAACGUACCUGAAGCUGGUUUGCUGAGAAAGCUAAACAAAGGCGAUCGUAUUUCAGUCAAUAAACGUGAUCUAUCUCAAAUAUUUGGUCAAGAUCGUCAAACGUAUUUUGGUUGUUAUGCCAUAUCAACGUUCGAUUCCUAAUUCUCUCAUUAUGAACAAGUGCAACUGAACUCUACAAUUUCAGCAGCCUAAAUGAGAUUGUUUAGUGUAUGGAGUCAAGUGUUUUGUCACUCGCGUUACGCUGCUGUGCAAUGUCCCGUAUUUCGUAAGUAAAGUGUACCUUGCGCUGUGUAUAAGUAAGU